CAAGAUCCAUCGCUAGCUGGCAUGCCACUCUCAGAUGCCGAAUAUGACCAUUUCUUCAAAACCCUGAACAGUCCACGUCGAGUCAGUGCAGUUUGCUUCUUAAGAACCAUGUACGGCUGCCAGAAUGCCUUGAUCCAAACUUUAGACCUAUAUGAAAAUCAUGGAAUCGUCCCAGAAGGGCCUGUAUGUUCUGACUUGGCAGAAAUGCCCACUUUUCCAGACUUCUGCACCCUCACUUUUUAUCGCUGCACCUUGAAGAAGUAUUUUGUGAAGCGGAUUCAAUGUCCAGAUAAGAUCAAUGAAGCCCCUGCAACAACACAAAACACCAACCAAGAACCUGGAGACACUGAAUCAUCAUCUACCCUACAAGAGACACUGCUUAUCAGCAUUCUCCCCACCACUCUCUCUACCACCGAAACACCUCCUGCACCUGUCACCUCGGCAUCAAACACUCCCACAGCAGCAACAGAAGCCAUGACGACGACUCUUCCAGCCACUGCCACUGGAACCGUUCCUGAACUUCCCACUGUUAUUUCUGCUGUUACUGCCUCUAUGGAACCUCUGGAUCCCACGUCUUCUACUCCUAUCACAACUGACUCAGAAUCCUUGCUUGAGCUUCUCACCGGCCUUGAUGCAGUGAUAGCCGAGCAGAGUUUUCCUGAAUUAUUUACCACCACUGGUACUACUCCUACAACAACGGAUAUGUCCUUUUCCCAGCACCUUACUUUUUUGACUGCUGUGCCCUCUCCAAGCCCUGUCCCUACACUUCCUUCCACCUCCAGUGCUAUGACUGCCGCCCCAGUUAUUUCUGUAUCAGUUGUCCCAGUAUCCCCAUCUGAGCCUGCCACCACUGAAGCGGCAAUAUCAUCUACGAGUACCACUCCCACAAUGAUGGAUGAGUCCUUUUCCCAGCACCUUACCUUUUUGGCUACUGAGCCUUCUCCAAGCCCUGUACCUACACUUCCUUCCACCUCCAAUGUUAUGACUGCCACCCCAAGUAUUUCUGUAUCAGUUGUCCCAGUAUCUUCAUCUGAGCCUGCCACCAGUGAAGUGGCAACACCAUCUAUUCCCACAAACCCUGCCACUACUGUUGCCCCAGCCAGUAGCCCAACUUCAGCACCUUCUAGUUCCAUCAUCAUUGUCACUCCCACAGCCACAUCUACUAAUCAACCCUGUUCUGUUCUCCCUUUCUCCUCAUCUUCUACUGCUUCCAAAAUAUCCAUUCUAUUGACCAAGCCUGCCACCCCUAAAACACCUGCUCAUUUAUCCCCUCCUAGCAAUGUUGCUCAUUGGCCUGUUGUCCCAAUCUCUGCUGUUCUUGGACAGUAUCCCCUGCAGCCCACCCCUAUCAUGCAGCUUUUUGUUCUUCCUUCUGGCUUCGGUCCUAGGAAGCCGAAACUCCAGGGUGCAAUUGCCGUCUCCCCUCUGCUACCGAUUAUAGCAGGGCCUGCUAAUAUCUGGCAAAAGAAAAAGAUUCCUGAACCCCAAGCGAACUCACCAACUACUGCAAAAGUGGAGAACUUCUUACAAAUGAACUCACCAACUACUGCAAAAGUGGAGAACUUCUUACAAAUGAACUCACCGACUACUGCAAAAUUUGAGAACUUCUUCUUACGGCUGCGGGAUAGUCGAGUGCAGCAGAUGAUGCAGAAAAUGCGAGAGUUGAUGGGUAAAGGGAAAGCUGUAAAGAAACAGCUGUUGCAGUCUACCUCUCUGCAACUGCUUGGUGCACUGAAAAAUGCCAAACAGAAGUCGUCUACGGUUUCAUUAGUAUCCAAAAAGCAACUUCAAAGAUGACAUAGCCACACGGACAGAUCACCUCUUUUGUACAGAAGGCAGGACGCUAAUGGGUGGAUGUUUUGCAGCACAGUUCCAUGAGAACUUUCAGAUACUUGGUUGUGGUUCACCUGAUUCCAUUCCUGAAUUCUUUCUAAGAUGUUCCCUAUCACUUUGAGAUGAUGGGAUCAAACUAGAAAGACUUCUCUCUGGAGAUUUGAAGGACUUGGAAUUCUCUGAAACAGCAUUAGAGAGGGUGCUUCCAGACCCCACUUUAACCUCUGCUAAAAUGAAGAAUCUCAUUGUUAACUGGGCCUUCCUUUAACUGAAAGGUAUCUGAUUUCUGAAUGGAGGAGACAGAUUAUUUAUUCUUAAUUUGGGUUUUGAGACUGGACAUUAAAGAAAUAUUUUGCAGAAUUGAGCAGAGCUAAUUCACAAAUUCUGCAACCCAGAGUGGUUAUCUUCAAGUAAUUUAUUUUUCCUUGCAGGAGUCUUUGGAAAACUUUAUUUCCCAUAACCUUCCUCACUCAGGCUAAACUCGCAGGGCAACAGUGACAAGGAAGGGAAAAAACCUCUUCCCAUUUUUUGCUUGUCAACCAAUCAUUGCGGUUGCUGCUCCUGCAUAUCUACCAGUUGAAGGGAAUGGGGUGGUCAGGCAACAUUUGGAGAUUGGAAAGAAUAGCAAAGAUGUGCAGGAUGGGGAGGACUGGGAAUUCUUCAGGAGCUUUCAGUGUGAGCUGGAGGAGAAUUCAGGGUCUUGUAAAGCUCGCCUCUCAAUUUGAGAUGGAUUCUAAGAGCUCUUGGUUAGUUUCCAUAUUUGACCCAAGAAAAUUGCUAGAAUCUCUGCAUAAAACUAGCUAUUUAGCAUCAUGUUAAAUCCUAGCUAAAUGCAUAUAUAUAUAUAUAUUAACCUGUGUGGUACCAAA